AAUUUCAAUGCAUUUCAUUCCCAAGGAGAUGGAGUCACAUGCUCAAGAAAAUGCUGGGGUCCAGGCGCUCGCUUGCAAAUUAAAAACAAAGAUUGUAUCCAUCACAAACAGCUACAUACAGUUAGGAAAAGAUGAUCCCAGAAGAGUCUUGCACUCCCUCAAAGUGGCUCUUGCUAUAACAGUGGUUUCCUUCAUAUACUACAGCGACGAACUCUUUAAUCAGUUCAAGUUCAAUGGAAUAUGGGCAGUGAUGACUGUGGUUGUUGUAUCUGAAUUCACAGCAGGGGGAACUCUAAGCAAGGUUUUAAACAGAGGAUUUGCAACAUUUUUGGGUGGUGCACUAGCAUUUGGAGCACAUGAGUUCGGAAAAUACAUAGUUGGCAAGCAUGUUGGGCCACGAUUUAGAAGCAGAGCAGAACUUAUUUUUGUUGGACUCUGCGUUUUCAUAUUGGUUGCAGGAGCUACAUUCACACGAUUUUUCCCACGUAUUAAGGCAAGAUAUGAUUAUGGGUGUAUGAUCUUUAUAAUGACUGUUAGUUUAGUUGGUGUUGCUGGGCCCAGAGAAGGAGAUUUUGGGGUGGCUAUCGAAAGAUUGGAAACAGUAUUAAUGGGCGGAGCGGCCUGUGCUAUUAUAUCUGUUUUCAUUUUUCCAGUAUGGGCUGGUGAGGAACUUCACAAUUCCACCGUUUCCAAUCUUGAAAAACUUGCUAAGUACUUAGAAGGAUUUGGAGAUGUGUAUUUUGGGCCUCGCUAUAAUGGGAAGGCUGGAAAGAGAAAGGAAAAUAUGUCACUUCCUCUAGAAUACAAGUCUGUUCUCAAUUCAAAAGCGAAAGAAGAAGCUCUGCUCCCUUCACCAGAGCAACCUAGGAAGAGGAUUAGAAAACUGCCAUGCUCUGAAUUUCAAGCCAAAAUUAAAGAAUCAUGCAGAAGGAUGAGUGCACAAAGUGGCAACGCAUUGAGAGAAUUAGCCAUAGCAAUUAAAACAAUGACCGAGCCAUACUCAUCCACAGAAACAAGUCUGAAUGCGUCCAAAUCCGCCAUAAGGAGCCUCAAAACAGCUCUCAAAGGUCUCUCGUUCGAUGCUCCAGACCUCCUAGCAAUCUUACCAGCUGCCACGGUUGCUUCAGUCCUAGUUGAGGUCGUUAAAUGUGUGGAGAAGAUCUCGACAUCAGUCCAUGAACUUUCCAAUCUAGCACAUUUCAAGACUCUGGAACCUCUUGCAAAGGAGCUCAAGCCAGUCUUUCCCAUAAACUCGGUUCCAAAUGAUGAUAUCGAUCUCGACAAAAUCAUCGUUAUAAAAUUAGUUCCACAUCCGAUGCAUAACGAGCCAAUUCCUAAUGGACACGUGUAACCAUGCCAACCAAUCCAAAGAGGUUGAGGAGCUGGAUGAUUGUUGUUAACACCAUCUAGCCAGUGCUUUUAAAAUGAAGGUAUUAGAUGAAAAAGGUGCUGAAUUUCAAAAUAGGGGCAAGUCUUGAAACAAAAGGAACUUUAUUUCUACUUUUUUUCCUUUGGAAUUUGUCGUGUGUAUGUAAUUAAAUAUAUGGUAAUAACAUAAGAAAAUACAUUUAUCAGU